AACCCUCAAGCCUAGUAUACGUACUGACAUGCCUUAUUGGGUGUAAAUUGAACAAUCGACAUUCAUUCAUGGAUGAACCUAUGUACUAGCUACUGAGAGAACUUCUGCUGCAGCCCACCAAAGUGUGAAAUUCCUUCCAAAAUCAAUUGCACAGAGGUCAUUGCCGGCUGUAGUUAGCAAGAUGUGCAGUGUUUUGAAUGUGCUGUGACUAACUUCUACACUUUUUAACUAUAAAUGUGUACUUCAGCAGAACUUUUCGCGCAGUAUUGUUCCACGCGUCUUCGGCGCGAUUUCAUCUCCCGGAAAUUAGUGAAUAUGCGCCAAAUCGCAGUUCUAUCGUUGGUGCUGUUGGGUGCCAUUUGCGUAACUUCCCAAGGCUUCAUUCCACAAGGAUUCGGAUUGAAUCAGGUGCCAAUCCUGAGUUCCUACGCAGAGCAACAGCUGGAUGGAAGUUUCCAGUAUGGAUACGAAACCGGCAACGGAAUCCAGGUGCAAACGCAGGGAGUGCUGAAACCAGUUCCGGUGAUUCGACCUGAUGGCGUUGGAAGCAGUUUGGCAUUGGUGCAAAGUGGGAGCUACUCGUAUCCUUCCCCCGAUGGAACGAUAAUCGAAGUUAGGUGGACUGCAGACGAAAAUGGAUUCCAUCCUCAAGUAACUCGUUUGCCUGCAGCACCGGUUCCUAUUGUGCCGCCGACUAUUCCGCUGGACCCAGGAUUACCCGGAAGAUUUAGAUUUAGGCGAUUAGCGAAAAAUAGAAGAUCGAGAUCUUGAAAUAUGGUAUAACAAGCAAUAAAUAAGUUAACUUUCAUA